CUCCGGUCCUCCGACUCCGACCCCUCGGCCCUCGCGCUCGCAAGCUCCACUCUGCCCGUCGCAGCCCCUGUCUGUUUCCUUCCCCUCGCCAGCUCGCCGCCGCCGCCGCAUCCACUCCUGCACCGCCGCUGUCCACAUUCCUCCGAGCCCACUUUCUCCUCGUAGCCGUCUCCUCUCCAGUAUCCACAGCUAGGCCGAAGCCGCAGCCCCCAAUGGCGGCCCGCGGCCGCCUCGUCGUUGCGUGCCGCGGCUUUAGCCGCCACAUGCCCCACAGCGCGGGUGGGAUCCGCCGCCCUCAGAUCUGUCUGAUGCACGGCUGGUGCGCUUGAAGUUUCGCUGACAUUGGGGGUGGUUUCCCGUUUCCUCAGCGCCUGAGGGCCUUGCUCGUUGCUGCGGCGGGGUGGCCAGGGGAGCGUGGGUUCGCAUAGCGCGGUGGCGUCCAAAUCCGGCCGACAAGUCCGUUAGAACUUAGUUGCAGAUUUCAGUAUGGCUUCCAAGAUCCAGCUCUUGUCCUCCAUCGCCAUUUUAGCUUUUGCCUCACACCUUCACCCUUGUGUGUCCAUUGAGUUUCGCCAUGAGCUCUCCAGCUGGACCACUGGCAUAGCUACGUGGUAUGGUGAUGCUAAUGGCGCUGGAAGUGAAGGUGGUGCAUGUGGGUACCAAUAUGCUGUUGACCAACCACCAUUCUCAUCCUUGAUUGCUGCCGGCAGCCCUUUCAUCUAUGACUCUGGCAACGGAUGUGGCUCUUGCUAUCAGGUGGUAUGUUCUAGCAAUCAAGCUUGCUCUGGUUACCCGGUGACUGUUGUCAUCACCGACCAGGGCCCUGGUGGUGGUCCAUGCCUGAGCCAAGCAAGUGAUGGCAUGUGCCUAAAUGAGGGAGCCCACUUUGACAUGAGUGGGACUGCAUUUGGUGCCAUGGCAAAGCCUGGAAUGGCCGAUCAACUCCGUGCUGCUGGCCUGCUGCAAAUCCAAUACACUCGUGUGCAGUGCGAAUGGCCUGGAGUUGAUGUAACUUUCUCUGUUGACUCUGGCUCGAACCCGAACUAUCUGGCUGUGCUGAUCGAGUACGAGGACAGUGAAAGCGAUCUUUCGGCCGUCGACAUCAUGCAGAACUCGGCAGGACAAUGGGUGCCUAUGCAGCAUUCAUGGGGUGCGAUUUGGAGGCUCGACUCGGGCUCUGCCCUUCACGGCCCGUUCCACCUCCGCCUGACAUUCAGCUCAGGCAGGGUACUCAUAGCCAGCAAUGCCAUACCUGCAGGGUGGACUCCGGGUGUGGCGUACCGGGCAGGUGGAGUGGCGGUGACUAGGGCCAGGCCCAGGAGUGGUGGCGGCCGGAUCCAUGAGGCUGCUGGAACAUUUAGCAGUUUGGUGUAUCACCUUCUGAUGUUUGUGGUAUUGGUGUUGUGAAUUCUGAUGCAAAUACAGCUUUGGUAGUUUUGAGAAGCAAAUUUAACCAUUUAGGACUAUCCAGGGAUUUAGAUGUGCAUUUUGAUGUUUUCUUGUAGGCCUGAGAGAGUUGAGUGUUGUGAUUGUGAACGUUUUUGUUGUGAUCGAGUUACCAGCAUGAUCAGUUGGACGAGAAGUCCUUGUAAAUACGCGUUUGGUGAAACUGAUUGGGUUGGUUAAGCGCCAAGCGGCACACUCAAUUCCUUUUUUAUUUGAUUUCCAUGCAUUUUUUA